CUUUCCGACAGCUCGCGAUGCAGGCCGGCCAGUCAGCCGACGACGGCGCCGCACUGAGCACGUGUCGCCCGCUCCGCGCCCCUCCCCCGCACACCUCUACGUACAGUCGCGUGACUCGCCCCGACCAUUUACUUGUGAAACUUGAAACAAAUCAUCAGUGGCUGAGUGUUGGUGAAGAGCAUGUGUGCGAUCUGAGUGUUACCAGUGUGCAGUGCAUAGUGCAGGAGCCGGUUCACCUCGUGUGCGGGCCAGUGUGAGUGCCGACAGUGUCUGUGAGGCUUAGUGCUUUCUAAACGAGUCCCGACACACCGACACGGUGUGCAUUCCGUGCGAUACACGGAUUUCACAUAAAACUACUUAAAAGGUGCGCAGGGAUGCGCGUGACGUCACCACCGAUUGCGUGACCAGUGCUGCGCGCGCGCCGCGCAAUUCCUCACGCACACACACAUACUUUAUGAGUUGGUCAGCGCGGUGUGUAGCGCGAUGCGUGGCGUGCGCGCGUGGCUGGCGCUGGCGGCGCUGUGGGGGCUCGUGUGGCGCGCGAGCGGCGGCCCCGGCCCGCCCCCCGCGCCCGCCGCGCCCCCCGCGCUCAGCUUCACCCGCGCGCUCUACAACCUGAGCAUCCCCGAGAACAGCCCGGCGCGCACGUACGCGCUGCAGCCGCCCGCCGCCGAGCCGCUGGGCGUGCGCCUGCCCGCGCCCGACGCGCGCGUUCGCUUCCGCAUUCGCCACGGCGACAAAGACAAGUUCUUCAAAGCGGAGGAGCGCACCGUCGGCGACUUCUGCUUCCUCUCCAUCCGCACGCGCGCCGGCCACGCCGACGUGCUCAACCGCGAGCGCCGCGACGCCUACCGCCUCGACGUGCGCGCCACCGCGCAGCUACCCGGCGGCCGCCAGCUCGAAGCCGACGCCGUGCUGGCCGUUUCGGUGGCCGACGAGAACGACCUCAGCCCGUUGUUCUACCCGACCGAGUACGAGGCGCUGGUGCCGGAAGAUGCGCCGCUCCACUCCAGCAUCGCGAGGGUCACGGCCGAAGACGCCGACCUCGGCAUCAACGGCGAGAUCUACUACAGCUUAGCGGAGUCCACCGACCGCUUUGCCAUCCAUCCGACCACUGGCGUCAUUACAAUCACGCGCUUGCUGUCGGCAGCAGAAAGUACACAUCACAAGUUUACAGUUUUAGCUCGUGAUCGCGCCUCCCUGCUCGCGCGGGGUGAGGAAGCCCCGGCUGCGCGAGCCUCAGUCACAGUGCGAGUCAAACGAGUCAACUUACACGCCCCCGAGCUUCAUGUCCGACGUAUGCCAGAAGUAGUAGAAAAUUCCACUGCGGAAAUCUAUGCCAUCGUAGAAGUGAGCGACGAAGACCCCGGAGAACACGGGCGCAUCGCCAGUCUCGAGAUCGUGGACGGCGAUCCCGACGGGCACUUCCGAGUGCGCGCGUCGGCGCAGGCGGGCGAGUUCGACGUGCUGGUGCACGCGCUGCUGGACCGCGAGGCGGCGCCGGCCGGCUACAACCUGACGCUGCGGGCGCGGGACGCGGGCCGGCCGCCGCGCGCCGCCUACCUCACGCUGCCCGUGGCGCUGGUCGACGCCAACGACAACGCGCCCGUCUUCAGCCGCGAGGUGUACGAGGCCAGCGUGCCGGAGACCGUGCCGCCCAACACGCCCGUCAUCAGGCUCAAAGUGAGCGAUCGUGACGAGGGACGAAAUGCACGUGUUUACAUCGAAGUUGUCGGUGGCAAUGAAGGUGAAGAAUUCUAUGUUAACCCGGACACAGGAGUUUUAUACACCGCGAUAACGCUCGAUGCAGAAGAAAAAGCACUUUAUACUCUUACGGUUUCUGCUAUAGAUCAAGGAAAUGCCGGCACACGGAAGCAAUCUUCUGCUAAAGUUAAAAUCACCAUUUUGGAUUCCAAUGACAACGACCCUGUCUUUGAACGAGAAGUGACAGAGGUGACGGUCCAAGAAAAUGGGCCCAGCGGCGCCGUAGUUGCGCGCGUCGUUGCCAGAGAUGCUGAUUCGGGGGAUAACGCAUAUAUUUCGUAUAGUAUCGCCAACCUACAGCCAGUGCCGUUCGACGUGGACCACUUCUCCGGAGCCGUGCGCACGACGCGGCUGCUGGACUACGAGAGCAUGCGGCGCGAGUACACGCUGCGCAUCCGCGCCAGCGACUGGGGCGUGCCCUACCGGCGCCAGGCCGAGAUGCGGCUCGUGGUGCGUCUGCGAGACGUCAACGACAACCGGCCGCAGUUCGAGCGCGUCGACUGCGUCGGCUACCUGCCGCGCCGGCUCGCCAUCGGCUCCGAGAUAGUCACGCUCUCUGCGAUCGACUUCGAUGCGGGAGACGUCGUGUCUUACCGCAUCAUCGGCGGUAACGAGGAUAACUGUUUCGCUCUGGACGCGGGCACCGGCGUCAUGAGUCUGUCGUGCGACUUGGGCGACGUGCGCGCCGACUCGCGGCUUCUGAACGUGACUGCGACGGACGGCACCCACUUCGCGGACGCGACGUCGCUGACGCUGCACCUGGUGAGCGGCGGCGGCGCCGAGCCGGGCGCGCUGGAGUGCCGCGACACGGCCGUGGCGCGUCGCCUCACGGACCUGCUGGCGGCCGCCGAGCGCAGCAAUGCGCCGCUCGACCUCGCCGAUGAGUUUUCUCUAGCUCCUUCCCGAUAUGGCGAAAAUCUUCACGCUCCUGAAUUUCUCGAUUUUCCGGUUGAGGUUAAGGUUAACGAGUCUGUCGCCCUUGGCACAUCUCUCGUGAAGCUAAGAGCGCGCGACCGUGAUCUCGGCUACAACGGUCUGCUCGUCUACGGCAUAUCCGGUGGUGACGCCGAUUCAGCGUUUCGCAUAGAUCCCGAUACCGGUGAGCUUCAAGUAAUCGGUUACUUAGACCGUGAGCGAGAGAGCGAAUAUUAUCUUAACAUCACAGUUUACGAUCUCGGUACCCCGCAACACUCCGUGUCUCGCCUUUUGCCCGUCACAGUUUUGGACGUUAACGACAAUAAACCACGUUUUGAAAAAACUUUGGCGAGUUUCCGAGUGACUGAAAAUGCAUUAAACGGUACCGCCAUAUUCCGAGCCAACGCAACGGAUCGCGACGCGGGUGAGUUCGCCCGCGUGACCUACAGCGUGAGCGGCGCGGACGGCGACUUCUGCGUGGAGCGCGACAGCGGCGUGCUGACGGUGUGCGCGGCGCUGGACCGCGAGCGUCGCGCGCUCUACGAGCUCACGCUGCGCGCCACGGACGGCGGCGGGCUCAGCGCCGACGCGCUCGUGCGCGUCAGCGUCGACGACGUCAACGACAACGCGCCGCGCUUCGCGCUCAGCACGUACGCGGCGCGCGCGCGCGAGGACGUGCCGGCCGGCACGCUGGUGGCCGUGGUGGACGCCUUCGACCCCGACCUGGGCGCGGGCGGCGCCGUCACCUACUCGCUGCCCGACCAAUCGCCUGACGACGUGGUCUUCACCGUCGACGCCACGUCCGGUACCCUGCGCACGGCUAAGCUCUUAGACUUCGAGGAGAGGCAGGUGUAUGGCGUAACAGUGCGAGCCACGGACGGCGGUCAGCCAGCACUGUGGUCUGAAGCGACUGUCAUCGUUGAGGUGGUGGACGUGGACGAGAACAUGCACGCGCCGGCGUUCAGCGACCACGCCGUGCUGACGGGCAGCGUGCGCGAGGACAGCGAGCGCGGCACCGUGGUGCUGACGGCCGCCGCGCUCGACGCCGACCCGCCGGGCCGGGACUCGCGCCUCGCCUACUACAUCAUCGCCGGCUCCGGCAUGGCGCACUUCUCCGUCGACGACGCAGGUGUAAUCCGGACUUUAACUCCGCUAGACCGCGAGUCGAUUCCGCACUAUUGGCUGACGCUGUGCGCGCAGGACCACGGGCUGGUGCCGCGGCACUCGUGCGUGCAGGUGUUCAUCGAGGUGGAGGACGUGAACGACAUGGUGCCGUGGCCGGAGCGCGCGGCGUACGCGGCCGCCGUGCCCGAGCACUGCGCCGCCGGCACGCGCGUCACCCGCGUCCAAGCCUUCGACGCCGACGCCUCGCCCGCGCCCGCCAACAUCACCUACUCCAUCGUUGCUGGCAACCCGGACGGGCUCUUCUCAAUAGACGAAUUCACCGGCGAGAUAGUGACGACGGGGCGCGCGCUGGACCGCGAGGCGGCCGCCAGCCACGCGCUGGAGGUGCAGGCGUCGGACGGCACGCUGGCCAGCACGGCGCGCGUGGCCGUGCGGCUGCUGGACGUGAACGACCACGCGCCCGUGUUCGCGCAGCGCUUCUACGAGAUCCGCGUGCCCGCGCCGCCCGCGCCCUCCCUGCCCGACGCCCUGCCACAGGGCGACGCGGCCGCCGACGGCGAGGCGCCGCGCGCCGACGACAGCAGCGCCGAGUGGGACGCCGACGACGACGACGAGGGCUCGGGCGCCCGCGCGCCCUGGGACCUGUACGACGAGCCCGCACCGCUCGGCCUCUACGUCGCCACGGUGGUGGCCUUCGACCCGGACGAGGGCGCCAACGGCACCGUGCGCUACUGGGCGCGGGCGCGCGGCGCGGCGCGAGGCCUGCUGCGCGUGCACGCCAGCAGCGGGCGCGUGUUCGCGGCGCCGCGGCUGGCGCUGGCGCCGGGCGCCGCGUACGACGUGACGCUGCGCGCGUGCGACGCGGCGCCGCGGCCGCGCUGCAGCGUGGCGCGGCGGUGGCGCGCGGCGGGCGCGGGCGGCCCGCCCGUGCUGCCCGCGCCGCCGCCGCUGCAGGUGGCCGAGCUCGACGCGCCCGGCUUCCUGCUGGCCGUGCUGCAGGCCACCGACCCCGACGCUGACACUCUCUACUAUACCAUAGCGGACGGCGACCCGCGGCAGGAGUUCUACAUCGGGCGGGAGGACGGCAGCCUCGUGCUGGCUCGCCGCCUGCUCUGGGAGCGCCAGUCACAAUACUGUCUCAACAUUUCCGUCACCGAUGGUCUUCACGUGGUUUACGCGCCAGUAAAUAUAACCGUCAUCAACGAUGCUAACGAGGGCGGAGUGUCGUUCUCACAAGAGGAGUACGCGGUGGAGACGUCGGAGGCGACGCGCGUGGGCGAGGCGCUGGUGGCGCUGCGCGCGGGCGGCGGCGCGGGCCGGCUGCUGUACGGCGUGCACGCCGCGCGGGCGCCCGCGUCCGCGCGGCUGUUCCGCCUGCACGAGCUCAGCGGCGUGCUGGAGCUGGCGCACCCGCUCGACAGAGAGAGUGCGGCCGUGCACGAGCUGACGGUGUGGGCGCGCGACCAGGCGCCGCGCGCGUCGCGGGCCUUCGCGCGCGUCACCGUGCGCGUGCACGACGCCGACGAGCACGCGCCCGCCUGGGGCCGGCGUCUGGCCGAGGCGCGGGUGCCGCGCGGGGCCCCGGCCGGCGCGCUGGUGGCCGCGCUGCGCCGCCGACCCGACGCGGCGGGCGGCGUGGUGUACGCGCUGGCGGGCGGCGACGCGGCCGGGCAGUUCGCCGUGGACGCGGCGCUGGGCGACGCGCUGGCGCGCGCGCUGCCGGCGGCGGGCCCGCGCGAGUACGCGCUGUCGGUGCGCGCGGCGGGCGCGGCGCCGGGGGCCCGCGCGGCGCUGCUGCCGCUGCACGUGACGGUGGUGGAGCCGGACGGCGCGCCGCCGCGCUUCGCGGCGCCGGAGCUGGCGUGCGAGGUGUUCGAGAACGAGCCGGCGGGCACGGUGCUGCUGGCGCUGGAGGUGCGCAGUGCCAGCGCGCCGUGGUUCUCGCUGGAGGGCGGCGCGGGCCUGUUCCGCCUCAACCCCGCCGCCGGCCUGCUCGCCACGGCCGCGCCGCUAGACUACGAGACGCAGAAUUUCUACAAUUUGACCGUUACUGCCAUCAAUAUGGGCGGCGGCACGAGCAGCGCGCGCGUGCACGUGCACGUGCUGGACCGCAACGAGUUCGCGCCCGCGCUGCGGCGCCGCGCCUACCGCGGCCGCGUGGCCGAGUCCGCCCCGCCCGGCGCCCUGGUGCCCGACGCCGCCGCGCCCGACGCCGCGCCGCUCGUGCUGCUCACCGACGACGCCGACUCGCCCGCGCACCGCCAGCGCGCCUACGAGAUCCUGCAGCCCGCCGCCGCCGCGCUGUUCCGCGUGGACGCCACCACCGGCGCGCUGCACCUGCUGGCCGCGCUCGACUACGAGCGCCAGCGCCUGCACACCUUCACCGUGCGGGUGAUAGACAUGGGCACGCCGCGGCUGCCGUCCGACAGCGCGGCCACGGUCACCGUGGAGGUGACGGACGUGAACGACUGCCCGCCCGCGUUCUCGCAGGCGGCGUACGAGGCCACGCUGCUGCUGCCCACGGCGCCGGGCGUGACGGUGCUGACGCUGGCGGCCAGCGACCCCGACCUGCCGGCCGGCGCCGCGCUCAAGUACGACAUUAUCGACGGCGACGAGGGCGGCGCCUUCGCGCUGUCUGCGGGCGGCGCGGUGUCGGUGGCGCGGGCGGCGGCGCUGCAGGCGGCGUACCGGCUGCGCGUGCGGGUGUCGGACGGGCUGUACUCGGCCACGGCGCGCGUGGACGUGCUGGUGCGCGAGGCCGACAACUCGGGCCUGGCCUUCCAGAAGCCCGACUACUACGGCUCCGUGGUAGAGAACUCCACCAAGCCCACGACCAUCGCGGUCCUCAACGUGCUCGGGGCGGCGCUCAAUGAACAUAUCGAAUUCCAAAUACUUAAUCCUGUGGAUGGGUUCGAGGUGGGCGCCACGUCGGGCGCCGUGCGCAGCACCGGGCUCGCGCUGGACCGCGAGCGGCGCGACAACUACACGCUGCUGCUGCAGGCCCGCUCCGCCGCGCCCGCGCCGCGCGUGGCCCGCGCCCGUCUGCACGUGGCCGUCACCGACGUCAACGACAACUGCCCCGUGUUCGUGGAGCGGCCCUACGUGGCGGCCGUGCUGGCGGGCGCCGAGCCGGGCGCCGCCGUGCUGCGCGUGCGCGCCGUGGACGCCGACGCCAACGACAACGGCGAGGUGCGCUACGAGAUGAAGCGCGGCCACGGCGAGCUGUUCCGCGUGGACCGGCGCACGGGGCAGAUCUCGCUGAAGCAGACGGUGGACGCGCACAACCAGCUGUACUCGCUGGUGAUCGCGGCCUUCGACGGCGGCGUGCCGGCGUGCGGCGCGGAGGCGGACGUGACGGUGCGCGUGUGGGCGGGCGGCGCGGCGCCGGCCUGGCCGCGCGCGCACGUGGCGCUGGCGGUGCGCGAGGACGCGCCGGUCGGUGGUGCGCUGGCGCCGCCGCUGCUGGCCACCUCGCCGCUCAACCGCCAGCUCAUCUACACGCUGCUGGAGGACGACGCCGGCCUCUUCGAGAUCAACUUCGACACGGCACCCGACAGAGGCAAUAGUCCAUGUGUGCUGGUGGCGCGCGCGGCGCUGGACUACGAGGCCGCGCGCGAGCACCGCCUCGUGCUGCGCGCCACGGACGGCGUGACGGGCGCCUACGCCGACGCCGCGCUCACCGUCACCGUGCUCGACGCCAACGACUGCGCGCCCGCCUUCCCGCAGGACCUGUACCGCGCCGCCGUGUCCGAGGCCGCGCCGCCCGGCACGCUCGUGCUCGCGCUCAGCGCCGCCGACAACGACACCGGUGACAACGGCCGAGUUUCGUAUUCGCUUUCCGAAAUGGGUUCGGCCGCCGAGGGCGCCUUCGCCAUCGACCCCGACACGGGCGCGGUGCGGGUGGCCGCUCCGCUCGACCGAGAGACUCGCGCGCAGUAUCACCUGCUGGUGACGGCCACGGACGGCGGGCGGCCGGCGCUGCUGACCACGGCGCACCUGUUCGUGACGGUGGAGGACGUGAACGACAGCCCGCCGCGCAUGGAGCGCGGCGUGGUGCCGGCGCUGGUGUCGGGCGAGGCGGCGCGCGGCACGCUGCUGGCGCGCGCGGCGGCGUGGGACCCCGACGCGCGCGACGCGGAGCGCCUGCACUUCGCGCUGGAGGGCGCGGCGCAGCGCGCGUUCGGCGUGCAGGCGCGCACGGGCGUGCUGUGGCUGGCCAGCCCGCGCGCCUGGGCGGCGGCGGCGGCGGCGGGGCUGCGCUCGCUCAACGUGUCGGUGUCGGACGGCGCGCACGCGGCCUUCGCGCGCGUCAAGCUGUCGCUGGCGCCCGCCAACCGCGCCGCGCCGCGCUUCCCGCACGUCGUGCACGAGGCGCGCGCGCUCGAGAACCAGCCGCCGCCGCUGCUGCUCACCACGGUGAAGGCGUACGACGACGACGCGGGCGAGUACGGCACGGUGACGUACUCCAUCCCGUCGGCGCGGCUGCGCGAGACGUUCGCCAUCGACGCCAGCAGCGGCGCGCUCACGAGCCGCGUGCCGCUGGACCGCGAGCAACGCGCCGAGUGGGAGGUGCCCGUCACCGCCAGCGACGGCGGCGGCCUGCUGCGCCACACCGUGGUGCGCGUGCGCGUGGCCGACCUCAACGACAACGCGCCCGCCUUCCCGCUGCGCGAGUACCGCGCCGCCGCCCGCGCCGACCGCGCGCCCGGCCUGCCCUUCCUCACGCUGGCGGCCGCCGACGCCGACGCGGGCGACAACGCGCGCCUGCGCUACUCCGUGUACGAGGGCGAGCGCGGCGCCGCGGCCGGCCUGUUCGCCGUGGACCCGCACUCGGGCGCGCUUUCCUUCGCGCGCGACGCGGCGCCGUUCGCGUCGCGCAGCCUGCAGGUGUGGGUGCGCGCGCGUGACGCGGGCGGUCUGGCGGCCGAGGCGCCCGUCACCGUGUUCGUGCUGGGCGCCGGCGACGAGGCGCCGCGCGUGGCGCCGCCGCCCGCCGACCUGUUCCUGCGCGAGGACGCGGCGCCCGGCACGCUCAUCGCCGAGCUGCGCGCGGAGGCGGGCGGCGCGGCGCCGCGCUGGCGGCUGGCGCCCGCGCUGUGGCCGCGCGACCUGUUCGCCAUCGACGACGCCGGCCGACUCGUGCUCGCUGGACAGCUAGACCGGGAGUCUGCAUCUGAACAUAUCAUUGGCAUUAUAGCAGAAGGAGAGGGUAGCCCGGCGCCGGCGACCAUGGUGACCACGUGCCUGCACGUGCUCGACGUCAACGAGCACGCGCCCUCCUUCCACUCGCAGCCCUACGUCGUGCACGUGGCCGAGAACACGCCGCCGCACUCCAGCCUCGUGCAGCUGAUGGCGGACGACCCGGACGCCGGCAGCAACGGCGAGGUGCGCUACUCGCUGGCGCCGGACGGCGAGGGCGCGGAGGCGGCCAGCGCGCUGUUCGCCGUGGACCCGUACACGGGCUGGGUGAGCACGCUGGCGCCGCUGGACCGCGAGGCGCGCGCCGAGCACCGCGUGGCGCUGCUGGCCAGCGACGCGGGCAGCCCGCGGCGCGUGGCGCGCGGCACGCUGGUGCUGCGCCUGCUGGACUACAACGACUGCCCGCCCGAGCUGCGCGCGCCCGCGCCGGCCGCCGUGCGCGAGGACGCGGCGCCGGGCACGGUGGUGGCGCGGCUGGAGGUGCGCGACGCGGACGCGCAGGCGGCGCCGCUCAGCUUCUUCGUGGCGGCCGGCGACCCGCGCGCGCGCUUCCAGCUGCGCGCGUCGGGCGAGCUGCUGGUGGCGCGCCCGCUCGACCGCGAGCUGACGCCCGCCUACGACCUCGUGCUGGCCGCCAGCGACGGCAAGUUCACCGCGCAGACCGACCUGCACAUCGACGUGCUCGACGUCAACGACAACCCGCCGUACUGCGUGCGGCACCGCUACUGGGCGCGGCUGCCGGAGGACGCGGCCAACGGCACGCUGGUGAUGCGCCUGGAGACGGGCGACGCCGACGCGCCGGGCGCCGCCGGCCUGCGCUACUACCUGUCGGGCGACGCCGCGCACCACUUCAGCAUCGCGCGCGACUCGGGCGAGGUGCGCGUGGCGGCGCCGCUGGACCGCGAGCGUCGCGCCGAGUACCGCCUGCGAGCGCACGCGCAGGACCGCGAGCGCGCCGACUGGGAGUGCAGCUCCGAGCUGCGCGUGGCGCUCAGCGACGUCAACGACAACGCGCCCGCCUUCUCCGCGCCGCUCUACAGCGUCACGCUGCCCGAGGACGCCGACCUCGGCACGCUCGUCGCCAAGGUACACGCGACAGACCCCGACCUCGGCGAGAACCGGCUCGUGCGGUACUCGUUCGUGGAGGAGCCGAGCGGCGCCUUCGAGCUGGCGGCCGACAGCGGCAUCGUCACCCUGCGCGCGCCGCUGGACCGCGAGACGCAGGCCGAGCACCGCCUGCUGCUCCGCGCCACCGACGCCGGCACCCCGCCGCGCUCCGCCACCGCCACGCUGCGCCUCACCGUCGCCGACGUCAACGACAACCCGCCCGAGUUCGAGUUCCACCAGUACCGCGCCGCCGUGCCCGAGCUGGACGCGCCCGGCACGCAGGUGCUGCGCGUGCGCGCCACCUCGCGCGACGCCGGCGUCAACGCCGACGUGUACUACUCGCUGGUGGGCGGCGACGACCGCGACGACUUCGCCGUGGACCGCGCCUCGGGCGUCGUGAGCGUGGCGCGGCCGCUGGACUACGAGCGCCGCCAGCAGUACCUGCUGACCGUGCAGGCCGUGGACGGGGGCACGCCGCCGCUCAGCGACCUGGCCACGCUCAACAUCACCGUGGGCGACGGCAACGACAACGCGCCGCAGUUCGCGCAGGCCGCCUACUCGGCGCGCGUGCGCGAGGACGCGGCGCCCGGCACGCGCGUGCUGCAGCUGGUGGCCGACGACGCCGACUCGGGCGCCAACGGCCGCGUCACGUACUCGGUGGCGCGCGGCGACCGCGACGGCCGCUUCGCGCUGGACGCCGACACGGGCUACCUGUCGGUGGCGGCGCCGCUGGACCGCGAGGCGGCGCCGGCGCACGUGCUGACGGUCCGCGCGCGCGACCACGGCCUGCCCGCGCUCGAGGCCAGCGUCAGCGUCAACAUCGAAGUGCUGGACGCCAACGACAACCCGCCGCUGUUCGCGCAGUCCAACUACACCGCGGUCGUGCAAGAGGAUCGCCCGCUCGGACAUACUAUCUUGAAGUUUGUCGUAGAAGACGCCGACGCUCCGCCGAAUGGGGCGCCUUACACGUUUGACUUCCAAUCUGGCAACGAAAUGGGCGCUUUUCGCUUGGAACAGGACGGUUACCUGCGAUCGGCGACUCGGUUCAAUCAUCGCAUCAAGGACCGAUACGUGUUGCAAAUACGCGUAUUCGACAAUGGCACGCCGCCGUUAUACUCAGACGCGUGGGUCUAUAUAAGAGUGAUAGAAGAAUCCCAGUACCCACCGGUCGUGACGCCAUUAGAAGUGGUCGUUAACUCUUAUUUAGACGAAUUCCCAGGAGGCAUCAUCGGCCGAGUGUUCGCUUCCGAUCGCGACGCCUACGACACGCUUUCAUACUCGAUCGUACCAAUCGACGGCGCGCCUUAUCCUCCCACAGACCUGUUUGAGAUCGAUCCGGCCGACGGCACACUGAAAGCUGCUCCGCGCCUGGAUGUGGGCGAAUACCGGUUGAACGUCACCGUCGACGACGGCAAGUUCCUUGGCUUUGCAAUAAUCAAGGUCUCAGUUAUACUCAUCUCUGACGAGAUGCUAGCGCAAACGAUCGUCGUAAGGUUUCGAGAGGUCACCGAUCGCGAUUUCAUCCUGAGCCAUCGCAAGGGCUUCAUUCGAGCAAUCGGCGAAGCCACAGACUGCGAGCCCGGCGACGUGGUCAUAGUGAGCGUGCAGCCGGCCGGCGAGUCGACCGAGUCGGACGAGCUCGGGCCGGGCCGGCCGCGGCGCCAGGUGGCGCAGGACCUGGACGUGGCCGUGGCCGUGCGCGCCGGCGCCGCCUUCCUGCCGGCCGACGCGCUGCGCCGCCGCCUGCACGCGCACCUCGAGCGCCUGGAGGAGCGCGCCCGCCUCGUGGUGGAGGAGCUGCGCCGCGCGCCCUGCGCCGCCUGCGAGCACGGCGCCUGCGCCGAGCGCGUGGCGCUGCUGGCCGCGCCGCGCGCCGCCGCCUGCGAGGUGUUCGCUCUGGCGCCGCCGCACCGCCUGCGCGCGCACUGCGCCUGCGCGCCCGGCUACGGCGGCCCGCGCUGCGCCGCGCCCGCCUGCGCCGACUGCCGCGCGCCGCCCGUGGCGCAGCUGGCGGGCGACGGCUACCUGCUGCUGCGCCUGGAGCGCGGCGCCGUGCAGGGCGCGCGCCUGCUGGACGACGAGCUGGCGCUGUCGCUGCGCUUCCGCACGCGGCGCGAGCGCGGCACGCUGCUGCAGGCGCAGGGCCGCGUCGACUACGCCGCGCUCGAGGUGGCCGAGGGCUACCUGCAGUUCCGCAUGGAGCUGGGCUCGGGCCCGGCGCAGGUGCGCGCCGCCGUGCCCGUGGCCGACGGGCUGUGGCACGAGGCGCGGCUGGAGCGGCGCGGCGCCAGCAUGCGCCUCACCGUGGACCGGCGCAGCGCGCAGGCGCAGACGCCGCCGCCGGCCGCCGUGCUGGACGUGCGCGCCGACCGCCUCGUGGUGGGCGCGGCACUACAGCGGCACGCUCACGCCUUCGCCGCCGAGCAGGUGACGUACGGCUUCCACGGCUGCAUAUCGGAGCUGAAGCUGGGCGGCGCGGCGCUGCCGCUGGAGGAGGGCGGCACGUCGAGCGACGGGCGCGCGCAGCUGCUGCGGCGCGUGCGCGUGCGCGUGGGCAGCGCGUGCGAGGCGCUGCCGCCGCCCACGCCCUGCGCCUCCUACCCCUGCCUCAACGGCGGCUCGUGCCGCGACGUGGCCGAGCUGCUGGAGGGCGAGGCGGGCGGCGACGAGGGCUACGCGUGCACGUGCCACGCGCGCUUCUCGGGGCGGCGCUGCGAGCUGGACGGCGACCCGUGCGCGUCGCAGCCGUGCCUGCACGGCGGCUCGUGCGCGGCGGACGCGCGCGGCUGGCGCUGCGCGUGCGCGGCGGGGCUGGCGGGCGAGCGCUGCGAGCGCGGGCGCUGGUGCGGGGAGGGGGUGUGUGCGCACGGCGGCGCGUGCGAGGAGGGCGAGUGGGGCCCGUCGUGUCGCUGCCGCGGCUACUACGGCCCGCGCUGCCAGUACGACGUGGACGAGUGCGCGGGCGAGCCCUGCCUGAACGGCGCCACGUGCGUCAACGAGCCCGGCUCCUUCCGCUGUCUCUGCCCGCCGGACAAGACUGGUAUGAACUGCGGCAACCCGCUGUACUCGGACGCGGUGGUGGCGGGCGGCGCGGGCGCGGGCCCGGCGGCGGCGCUGCGGGCCGCGCGCUGGCGCGAGGCGCGCUGGCCGCUGGGCGCGGCGGCGGCGGCGCUGCUGCUGCUGCUGCUGGCGGCCGCGCUACCGCUGGCGCUGCGGCGCCGCGCCCGCCGCAAGCCGCGCGACGAGCCGCUCAACAGCUGCGUGGACAAGCUGGCGCCGCGCGCCUCCAAGCUCUCCAACCUGGAGGCCGUGCGGCGCGAGCGGCCCGCCUCCUGCGCCGACCCGCCGCCGCUCAACAACGUCGACACGCUGCGCAGCUACGGCUCGGCCGGCGACGAGCUCGAGGGCAUCCCGCCCGACUACCGCCGCAACCUCAACAUCGACGUCGUCGACCGCAAGCCCUGGUCCGAGCAGAUGCAUCUGCAUACUUUUGUCGAUAACAAAAUAUAUAAUGAUUUGAAAGGAUGUAAGAGUCGUAUCAGGGCACGAUCGCCGGGCUGCGCUCGACGAGCGAUGGGCCCCAUGGGGCCGGUGGAGCCGCACCUGGUGGGCGGCUACCACUGGGACUGCUCCGACUGGUGCGGCGGCGGCGGCGCGCUGCCCGGCAUCAGCGAGGUGGCGGGCUCCGAGCGCCCCGACUCCUCCUCGCCCGCCUCGCCCGCCUCGCCCGCCGCCUCGCCCGCGCCGCGCCGCCGCGCCGCCCGUGCCCGCCGCCCCGCCUCCGCCGACAGCGAGCCGCCCGCGCCCGACGCGCGCCUGCUGCCCGACGCGCGCCUCAGCGACGACGAGCCGCUGCGCGCCCGCACGCUGCGCGAGCCCGACGCCGCCAGCCUCAUCACCAUGCUGGAGGAGCGGAACUCGCUGCUGGGCGACGAGGACGACGGCUCCGGCAGCGAGCUGUCGGCCAACCUGUGCGAGAUCGAGGAGUCGGACGCGGAGAGCGAGCCGGCGCGCGCCGUGCCGCGCCACACCGACGUGUGACGCCGGCGCGCGGCCGCCGCGCCGCCCCGCCUGCGCCCCAGCCCGCACCCCCGCCCGCACACCCGCACGCGCGGCCUCUAACACCGGACUGCGAGCCCUCCGUUAUAUUUGGACUUAGAACGAAUUUAUUGUUAAAACCUUUGCGUCACCGUAAACUAACCGACAUUGUGUUUGGUAGUAUUAAUACUGGCAUGUUGGAUUCUCAUGUUCCUUCGGAAUAUGUCGACUCCUAUGGAUCGAGCAACAAAUUAAUAGCCCUCGACCGGUAUGUCUGUGUUCAUAGUAUGAUGUGUUGUAUAUGCGCUACAUGAAGUAUUAUGUGUUCAAAUUCGAAUAAUAUUGAGUUUAUAAUUUGAUGGUCGGUCCAAGAAGUAACUAAAGAGACGUUUGGAUGAAUAGUUAAAACACUCGAGACUAAUACGUUCGUACAUAAUUUGUAUCAUAAUAAGCAUUCAAAGUGUAUCUGUAACGUAUUGUGAAACACUCAUUGUUCUCAGUGGUACGAGCAGAGGUUACGCAGAGGUAUUAAAAGACUUGUACUAUGUACAUAGAAUAAAAUAAUGUUAAUUAAGUAUUAGAUAGAUCAUGUUGUAAAUAUCUGUAUGAAAGUGAUAUCGUUACUUUUUGUUAUUCUCCUUUUCCUCGAUGAUGUGACGAGCUACGCCGGGAACAAGCAAAUUAUGAAAAUAUAUUUAUGACGAGCUGAUAUCGGAGAGGCGCGUCCCGGCGAGUGCUGUAGAUAGGAUAUUGGAAUGCGACACGCGCGGACGCGUUCAUCAAAUGGUGCUCCAAUUGUAGUUUCAUAUCAUACUUUAAACUGUGCAUUUAAAAAGUCGAGUAGCCGAUGCGUUCUCCUCCUAGAUUAGUUUAAAGUAAGUGAUCUAUUUUUAUAUGUACAAAGAGAGUGGCGGGUGCUCGCCGCCGGCCGCGGCCGCGCGACUGCGGCGGCCGCGCGGAUGUUCCGCGCGGCCUGCUGGCGCUCGCGCGGCUGUCGACGGAUUAUCUGUAUCUUUUUUUAUAAAGAAAGGUUUAUAAAAUAAAAGUAAAUUAUUGAAUCGUUGUGUAAAUUUUGACACGACCAAUAAAGACUAACUAAAACAA